UGCGUGUUGGCGUGUGUGUGUCACCAACAGCUUCUCCGGACUCCAGCGGACUGCCAGCCAGUCAGCCACUGUCUGGUAAACGGGCGCGUGCGUGAGGGGAUACGUGUGCACGUGUGCGGCCAAGCGUGUAUGUGUGUGUGGUGUGAGGAUAGGAAAGCAGCGCACACACACACACGCUUAACAUUCGCUCGCAACAUGGCGUUGAAGCGCCGAGAGACACGACAGCUCUGCCCCGAGUAAUGCGGUGGUUCUGCGCGGAAAGCCCGGGGACCGCUGCCCGACAGAGACCCAAACCUCCACAGAAACUCCGUUACGCACCGCCGUGGACAAUAACGGAUUCCAGCGUGUGCAUGUCGCCGUGAGGGCUUGAAACUACGGUGUAUGUGAUUGUAUACAGGCGCACGCUUCUGCCCCGCUGGUGGAAAUCAAAGGCUGUACAUGGCGGUGGAGAAUGUUAUUUGGCUGUUCUGUCUUCUUUUGCUGUAUUGGGGUCCAACCAAGCAAGAAAAGCCUGUUUCAGUGGAACUGAGCUGUGGUGCUGGGCCCAGCCAUGUGGUUCUGGAGCUAGGUUUGCCACUUUUGCUGGACUGCAACCUGGGUUCCAGCGACGCUCCUUUCAAUGUCACCUGGUUCAAGGAUGGCCAGCUCCUGCCACAGGCGCCGGGAGAUCGCCUGCAGUAUUUGACCAACGGAUCCCUCUUGUUGUCGCCCACCUCCGCAGACAGCCAGCCUCCCCAGAACGUAGAGGGCAGCUACAGCUGUGUGAGUGCCAGCGCCAUCGGAGCCCUGACCAGCCGGACUGUCAACGUGCUGCUUGCAAGUCUGUCCAGCUUCUUUGCGGAGCCAUCACCACAAACGGUGACCACUGGGGGUUCUGCUCGGUUUGAGUGCCAGAUUGAGGGAGUACCCACACCUGUCAUAACAUGGCAAAAAGACAACGUGACUAUCACUGACGAGACAAGCAACAGGUUCAUUUCUCUUCCUAAUGGGGUGCUGCAGAUUCUGAAGGUGACUAAAGAGGAUGAGGGCUUCUACCGCUGUGUGGCAUCCAAUUCUGAAAGGAAGAACAUCAGCAGCGAAGCUAGGCUCACUGUCACGACAGGCUCCAUUGACAGCCCAAGCCCAGUUGUGAUUGUUGCGCCACCCCAGAAUGCCACAGUGGUGCUCGGCCAUCCUGCUGUGAUGGAGUGUGUGGCACGAGGCCAGCCAAAACCAUUGGUGUCAUGGAGCAGAGAAGACGGAGAGCCCAUUUCCACAGACGUGAUCGUCCUUGCCACAAACCUGGUGAUUAGGGACACGAGGCGUCACCAUGCCGGCGUCUACGUCUGCCGAGCCAACAAGCCCAAAACUAGAGAGUUUGUUUUUGCUGCUGCUGAGUUGCGCGUUGCUGCCCCUCCAGUGAUUGUUCAGCCCCCGGAGUCUGUGUCCCUCUCCAGGGGGAAUACAGCCAGGUUUCUGUGCAACAGUUCUGGGGAACCUUUCCCAGUGCUGCACUGGCUGAAGAACGGCCAACCCAUUAGAUCUUUCAGGCGAAUGAAGGUGCAAAGCCCUGGGGUCCUGCUCAUCAACCAGCUGGCUCUGGAGGAUGCAGGUUACUAUCAGUGCAUCGCUGAAAACGGGCUCGGGACAGCCUGCGCCAUUGCCAGGCUGACGGUCAUUGUGAAGGAAGGUCUCCCCAGCCGCCCUCGCCGCCUGACUGCUAUGCCGUACUCCAGCACAACGGCCCUGCUCUCCUGGGAGAAACCCGAAUACAACACAGACCAAAUCAUUGCCUACUCCGUGCACUACCAACUCACUACAGGGUCAGAUAAUGAGGACUCUUCGUUAGCAGUUAGCAACGACACCACAGAGUAUUUCGUCAAAGAGCUCCUCCCCCACACUGUCUACACUUUCUUUGUGGUGGCUUAUUCGCUCAUGGGAGCCAGUCCUCCAUCGCUGCCUAUAACCAUAGAGAUGCUUGAGGAUGUUCCGAGUGCACCUCCUCAGCUCUCCGUCGCGAGCACGUCCCCCACGGACAUCAGGCUGACGUGGCAGCCGCUGACUUCACAGCACAGCCGAGGGGCUGUUACCCGCUACCGCAUUGAUUACAGUGCGCUGGAUCAGAAGGGCACUGUGUUCUCAGUGGAGCUGAGGGGCAAUGAGACUCAGUUGACGCUCAGGGAGCUGCGCCCAAACCAGGUUUACCGACUGAGGAUAGCUGCUGGAACCGCUGUGGGCUUCGGCGUUCCGUCUGAGUGGGUCCUGCAGCAGACAAUAGUUCGCAACGGCCCCAGUGACAACAGCACAGUGAUUUUUGCUCCUUCUGAGCUGAAGGUCAGAACCAGAGUGACCACUCUUAAUGUGACAUGGCAACCCUCACCAAAUCACACGCUGGUUUCUGGCUACAAGCUCUCCUAUCGGGAAGCGGAAACUGACAGGUUCUCCAUCAGAGACAGAACGUCGCACGCACACACCGUCAGGCUUCGGAAGAAGGCGAGGCAUCACCUGCUGACGGGGCUCGCUCCUGGCCGGCAGUAUGAGGUGAGGGUCUGGGCAUUCGACAAGCAAAAGGAUGGAGCAGCUGCAGUGUGGAAGGGAAGGACGGAUAAGAUCCAUGGUAGACCCUCUGGGCCGUCCUCGUCCCCUCCGUUGCCCCCCAGCAGCAUCCGAGCCACGGCCAACGGCUCCACCUCCAUCUGGCUCCGCUGGGAGAAACCUCGGUUCAUCAACGUGCGCAUCAUCAACUACACGGUGCGCUGCAGCCCAGCAGGAACCACCAACGCCUCUCUUGUCUCUUAUUACACCAGUUCUUCUUUGGAGAUCCUGCUCAGGGGACUGAGGCCUUUCACCCACUAUGAGCUGGCAGUGCGGUCCAAUGGAGUGAACACUGCAGGACCCUUCAGCAGCACCAUGGUGGAGGCCACCCUGCCUGACCGGCCGUCCACGCCACCCGAGGAGCUGCAGCUGAGAGCUCUGAACUCCUCGUCUGUGCUGGUGAGUUGGCGCCCUCCGCUGGAGCCAAAUGGCAUCAUCGUCAGCUACAAGAUUUUGUACACCGUCAACCUGAGUGAGCCUGAAGACGAGUGGAGGAAUCUCUCCGAGGGUGGGGGCAUCUUUAGUGUGGAGGUCCACGGUUUGUCAGGGGGAACUCGGUACUUCCUUAAAGUGGGAGCUUCCACAAAAGUGGGAUCAGGGCCUUUUUCACCCGUUAUGGAUGUUCAGACUCCCCUGUCCACGUAUGAGCUGGACAUUCACGCAGUCACAGGCAUCAUAGUCGGCGUUUGCUUGGGACUUAUUUGCAUCCUCCUCUGCAUGUGUUUCAGCUUUCGAAACGGCAAACCCAGAGAGCCGUCUGGAGGCCUGAGCUCCACAGCUGUGACUCCUCAGUGCAGGAAAGGCGGCUGCCCUGCUCCAGCCAGUGUGCCCGAGUGCAGCGAUAGCCACGAACUGGAGACACUGAUGCCUCCAGGCACCCAGGAGUCGGGUCAGCAGCCAACAAAAGACCCGGAGGAACAGAGUCUGAUGAUUGCUUGGAAUGGCUCUGUGAGUCAUAACUGGGUCAACAGGAUCACCCGAUACAGAGACACUAUAACAGAAGAGUCUCCGGCGCUGACGAACGGAGCGCUCAACAUGUUCAUCACUGCGCCUGGCACGGAAACAGACGAUCAUCUCUCCCCGUCUCUGUGCAGUAACCAGGUGGAGGCAGAAGUCAUUGUGCACUCUGAGUUGUCAGACCCCCCUGGGAGGGAGAAGGAGGAGGGCAGCGAGCGGGAUUCUAUCGCUACCCGGGGACCGUCGUUAUCAGAGGACGUGUACUCCCCUCUGAGCCGGCCGAGUUCGCCGAGAGAAGAGGCGGAGCACCUCGAAAACCUUUCCGCUCGGGGGACUUUCAGCCCCCCGAGUCUUCCCGCAAGAACAUUGGCGGCUCAUCACAACAAGGAGGCAGAAGGCGCCAGGCAACAGGAGAACGCCGACAGGGAGCCACAGCCGGACACAUGCCUCACCAAUGGCUUCCACUCUCCUAAGACUCCGAGGCCCAUGCUGAAAUCUGAGCAUCUGGAAAUGGAAGACUCCAGACACUGCCCGUCCGCUGCAGGGAAGGCUAUCUCUGCUGGACUACCUUCUGCACCCUUUGUCAGCCCCGGCUUCGUGCACUCUACCUCAGCUGCUCACAUAUAUCUGUGCCCUUAACUUCAUCUACGCAGGGACAUUUCAGACUUUUUCUUUUUCUUAUUUUCCAGGAAGAAUCCAUGAAAAAAUAUAUUUUUAUGCACAUUAUCACUGGAUUUCUUUCUCUUCCUUGCAUAGGUACUCUGAAUCCAUCAUUUCACAUAUGUGUAUACUGUAUACAUAAGAAGACGUGUUUUCUGUAGAGGUCCAGAACUGUUUCAGGUUCUACAUCUUUGUGGAUUCGUUCCAGAUCACAAGAAGAAGACAGGAAAGUUUGAAUAUAAGCAGAGCAGAACCUGAGUGAAGUCGCCCCUCUCCCCACCUUCUUCAAAUCAGACAAAAUUGGUGUUUGUGCAUCAAAAUGUUUUGUUUGUGCCGCUAUCAAUUUAAAGAUAUUAUGAAAUUUUUCCAGACGUCAUGAAAGGUCAUCCAACAACCCCUACCUUCUUCAAAUCAGACAAAAUUGGUGUCAAUCAACUCGGCUAUGUUUGUGCAGCUAAAGUUUUUGUUUAUGCUGCUUUGGCUUUGAAGAUAUUAAUGAAAGUUUUAAGGUCAAAAGGUCAGCCAGCCCCCCCUCCGACCUACUUUUACUAAAUCAAAAUGAAAUUAAACUUUUAUUAAUAUCUUCAAAGCCAAAGCAGCACAAACAAAAAUCUUUGCAAACCAGCACAAAUGUAGUCGAGUUGAUUGACACAAUUUGAAGAAGGGGGGCUGGGGGUGCUGGCUGACCUUUCAUGACCCCUGGAAACAUUUCUUAAUAUCCUUAAAAUGAUAUCGGCACGAACAAAAAUUGUUUUGCUGCACAAACGUUUGACACCAAAUUUGCCUGAUUUGACAAGGUGGUGCGGGGCAACUUCACUCAGGUCAGAGCAGAAGGGAGUGAAUUAUAGACGGGCUCUUCCUAUUGGUGGUGUUCCACUCGGGGAGGACAUUACAACAGGAAGUGAUGGAGUAAUUGGACGGGGUUUCGUCAGCCGUGUCAGGGUGGGUUGCUUUAUCAAUAUCCCCACAAUGUGGCAUUGAGGAAUGACCUUAAAGAGUAUUCACUGAUGUCAGAGUGCAGAACAGCCACAUCCUGUAGUCUCAGGGUCCAAACACUCACACAGGGAUUCUAGCUAGCACCAGUCCUGCGUACAAACAUUUCCUGAGUGGAGAGUGGAGGGUGCCGCGGGGUUGGGAGGGAUCUCGGGUGCCUAAAUAUUCUAGGUGCAUUUAUUAACCUCUGUAUAUUUUCUAUUCAGUGCAAGUACAAACCAUGUCAGAGUGAACAAGGUUCGGUAGAUGUGGAGCCAAAUGUCCAUUUGGGAGUGUGGGGGGAACUAGGUUUUUACUGGUUAUCAGAGUAUUGCAACAUUGGUUGCAUUAAGCUGGAGGGAAAGCAAAGGGGAGAUUUUACAGCAAUCCAUGUGCAGACCACUCUCCUGAUUUAGCUCAGCAGGGAUGCACCUCUGUGCAUACUGAUGUCAGAACACUGUUACACAAAAAAUUAAAACUCUUCCAACGAGCCUGUUUGGUGGCUCAAAAAGUGUUUGCCCCCUUACAGAUUUUUUUUUCUUUUUUUUUUUUUGUCAAAGUUAAAUGUUUCAGAUGAUCAAACAAAAUUGAAUAUCUCACAAACAUAAUCACAGUAAAUACAAAAAGGCUUCUUCUUUUUUUUUUAUUAAAAUUGAUGAAUUAAAGUUUAGUGAAAGUCAAUUUAGCUCUUUUGGAGGGUUUUCGAAUGAAUGGCAUGUUUGAGGUCACACCACAGCAGGAUCUGUGAAUACGACACGUGUGAUGUCACUUAGCCGAAUCCUGUUUUAGCUCAGACAUACUAGGAAGCGCACCCUCCAGAACUUUCCAGAGUUUUUUAUGUUCCAAAAGGUUGUUGUUGUUGUUUUUCCUUUUCUGAGAGUGGGGUCAGGUCAGUUUGAAUUCCUUUUGGCCAGCAGUGGUUUUGGAAAUGGCACUCUUGCAUGAAUUCAAAUUUCACCUGGUUUUUCUUAUUGUUGGAAGACAAAGAUUGACCUUCACUCCUGGGGAAGUUUGCCACCGUGUCAUGUUUUGUCCAUUUUGUGGAUAAUGGCUCUGACUGCAAUACAAAAGCCUCAGAAAUGGCCUUUGAACUCCAACAAGACUGAUGGUUGUCAAUAACUUUGUAAUCUGUUCUUGAAUUUAUUCGGGCAGGAUUUGUUUUUAAAACCAUUUAUCCUACUUCAUGUUGUGGGACAGGUUCUGUUCGACUGAUCUUUUGAUUCUGCAGUUCUAGCUAUAAUUUGGCCUGUUAAAGGCCAGUUAAUUCAUAAUAAUAAUAAUAAUAAUGAUAAUAAAAAACAUCAGACUUCAACAAGUAAGUCCAGAUAUGUGCAAUUGAUUUGGUAAUCUGAAACAUGCCAGACUGACAAAAGGGUAAGAAAAAAAAGGCAUCUAUAAGGGAGCAAAUAUUUUUUUAGAGCAAAAUCUAUGGAAAAAUGAUCCCAGUUUUUGUAUAUAUAUUCAUGUGAUUUUGAAUAAAAACAUAAACAUGGUGAAAUUAUUUCUUGUACUUUCGGCCCGAUUCAUUUUGAUGUCAUUAUUGGUUGGAGCAGUGUUCACAAGGACUGGUGCAUCCCUCUUUUCUUUUUUUUUGUCUCAACAUCACUACCUCAUUUCUUUUCAGAACUAUUGUUCUAUUUGUUUUACCCUCACUGGCGCCUUUACACGCCAAGUUUUCUAAACUCGUCUGACUUUCAGUGCAAACAGAAAGUGUUGGACAGAGACUCUGCGGUCGUGCUUUUAUAUCAAAACAAGGAAUGUAUGUCCUUUUGCCGUUUGUGGAUUUUGUCUCUGUGUAAAAGUUCCCUGUUGCAUUUUCUGCGCUCGACCAAAAGCCUUCGUCCUCUGUGGCUACUUUGUCAAAUCUGAAUGUUUGCUUCAGAUGUUUUAGUGGAUGAGGGCAUGAGGCGUUUGGGAGUUUUUGACACUUCUGCAGCUCAACACGUCAAUAGUUGCAGCUGGUGUCAUUGUUUUGUGCGUUCUGUGACACAGCUUUCAGCUGCUUCCAUUCUGCCCUUUGUUAUAAAAAGAAUUUCUGAAGGCUAGUAACUCUAUGAUUUGAGAGAUUUUUUUUUACUUGGGAUGGAAAGAAGGUGGAAACUUUGGUUUGUACGACUGUAAAUAGACAUUACAACUUACCAUCUGUAAUUUCUAUAUGCUAGCAAUAAGUUGGUAUCUUUUAUUUUAUUUUUUAUUUUUUGGUAACACAAGUUGCUUAGUAGCAAGUAUGACCUUCUAAAUUAAAAUUUGGAAAUCUGUAACAAUCCACACAGGAAUUGUUACCUUUUCAAGAAAAUAUUGUGAACCUUGUCACUUUUUGACACUUUACAGCCGCACACUUCAGUGUGUUCACCUGGGAAAGUAGAUGAGUGGCCAACACUGGUGUAUUACAUAAAUUAAGUGGAAAGACAAAUGAUUGAAAAGUUGUUUUCUUUUUACCAACAAAAUGUGAAAAAUAUGACAUCUGUUCGCAUUCAGUCCCCUUUAAUCUGAUACAGCAAGAUAAAGUAUACUUGUGGUGUUCCACAAGGACGAGUACUGGGACCACAUCUGUUUUGCACAUAACUGAUUUUCAUAGAUUAUAUGACAUCCUAAUGAAAUAUUGCCACUGAUAUAUACAGUAUAUCAUAUAUAUCCUUCUGAUGUUAACAAAUUAGUAAAUGGUAAAGUGUGAACUUUAAUUUUGUAUAAAUCCAGCUGUUCCGUGAAGAAAAUGACUCAAGGUCAGAAAGAAAGUUCACAUAUGAAUCUAACCGUUUUGCCGUUUCUAUUCAUAGAACAUAAAAAAAAAAAAAAAACAUAUUGAAAUUUGUAGUGUGCCACUUUGUGCUGAGGUGUCACGUAAAAUCCCAAUUAAAUACGGUGAAGUUUGUGGCUGUAAUGGCAGAAUGUGAGAAAGUUCAAGUUAGUGCUUGUCCUCUUUCCAGUGGUUUUCUAAUUAAGCCAGACCUGACGUGGAACCAAGCUUCACCUUUCUCUCCUUUCCCCGUUUCUGCGCGUUUCUGUGCAGCUGCGACAGUCUAACAAGCUCAACCCAAGUUACUGCAUGUUCCAGAACCACCUCAGCGUGUUUCCAUCAGCAAAACACUGUUUUCUCGAACGCCUCACCUUUGUCAUUUCAGAUACGGUGUUGGUACAUUUCCAAGUCUAUUCUUUUUAUUUUUUUUGCUUUCCAGUGUAUAUUUGUGAUUGUGUUUUAUUUUCUCUGUAGUUAAUUUAUCGACAGAAAUGAAUGUUCUCGAGUGCAAGAAUGAGGGGAUUGUUAAAAAAAUAAAUGAAUAUAUAUAUGUAUAUAUACAAAACACGAACUCACGGAAGUACUACUGCAAUUGAACAAAUCGAAGUGCCAAGCCAGUUUUCAUUUGCAGCCGAUCUUUGAUGUCACGGCAGGUUUGCUUCACUGGCUAACUAAAAAGUAAGCUGUGAGCAAAUUGAAGGAAUUUGUUCCUUCAGCGAGUAAAACACCUCGUGUUGUGAUGAUGUGCUCUGUCUGAAGGCUAAGGCAAACCAGUAGAGCCGUGCUUGUGUCGUAUUGCCCCUGGAGAUUUCAGUAGUGUAAAAUCAUCCUAAAAAGACUGUAUAUCACAAAACCAUUCCAGCUUUACUCUCAGCCACGAUUAGCCAUGGAAGAUUAGCAAAGGUGCUAAAAGUUCCUAUUUUAUGUUCCUGAAGGAACAUGAAUUCACUCCCCUUCUCCCCUCAGUAUAUUAUGAGCAAGUUAAGUCACUGUAGUCGGACCUUUUCCUAAAUGCUUUACAUAAAGAACUUGUUGAGCAUGUUCUCCCCGACUCAGGCAUUUUAAGCCUGUUUCUUGACUUGCAGCAGCCUUUAUUAUCACAGGUAAAUAUUCCAAACUACAAAACUGAUUUUUGAGAUAAUGAGUCUAGCGGAAAAGGUAGAAAGUAUGGAACUGGUCAAGCGGAAAUUGUAAAAAAAAUAAUUUUUUUUAAUCAUUGAUCUGGUUGUAAUGAACCCAAAACUAUGAUGGAUCCAGUUGUGAACAGCAAAGGUGUAUUCUUAACUUUUAACUUCCAGGAACCUGUUAAUAUUUCCUUUUCUGUGUUGCCCUCUGAUUGGCUACCUAUUUGCCUCUUGUUUUUCUUUUUGCAUAAAUCUUUCCCUCUCAUGUUUACUGGAAUUGCGGCGACAGCGUAGGUUGUAAUGCAGGUGCAUCCACGGCAUUUCUCACAGGUCUGUUUCCCUGGUGAUCGGUUUCAGCUAUAGCGGCCAUUGACUGAAAUCCAUGCUGCACAGCAGCCAUGCAGAAAAUAAUCAGACACCUGUAGAUAUGCUUAACUGCUUCAUUCCUUCCGUGAUGUCGGUAAAAGCAUAUGUGUGAACGUUUAUUAUUUUUGAUUUUCACUUUACAACAAAACAAAAACCACUGUGUCGUGUUCUGGCCGACAACCCAAAUCUAAUGUGAAUUUGACCAAUUUGACAGAAAAACAUCUGUCCAGUAGCUCAAUCUAUCAUUAUAAAUGUAAAAAAAAAAGGUUAUAAGGUGGGUGGAUUUCUACAUUUUUCAAUUUUUCUGUUUUUGUAGCCUGACUGCAGUCAUGGUGACUGGGAUUCACAGAAAACCUGCCUUCCAUAUGGAAGCUCUCUCAACAGUUUUAUGUCUUCGGUAAACUUUAAUUUACUCGCUUUGCUGACGAGAACAAUCACAUUUUAAGAGAAAAAAAGCAAAAAACCAUUACCAUCAUAACUCAGAGACAGUUUUUACUCAUUACAGCCACAAGGUGGCUCUUGACUAGCAAUGCAAGUGUGAACAAAUGUUGUAGCGAGGAGAAUUGGGGAUUAAAUAACUUCAUUUAGUCUGCAGGGGUAAUAACUUUAUAGCAAAAAAACAAAAACAAGGUUAUCGGAGGGAAAAAAGUUUAACUACAGUAGUUAAGACUUCUGAUAUCUCCUCCACUUUACUCUUCGUACUCCUCUGUUCAGGCUGCCGUUUACUGACAGAAAGUUCUCAACUCAGGUCAUCUUUGCAAGAAUUUGGUGCCAGCAUUAGGAAGCACGCCACCUGUUGCUUGGUGUGGUCAUUUUCAAAAGUAAAUCAGAGAAGUUCUCGUACGUUUGACGAUGAUGUCUGUUUUGCACUUCUGAUCUCUCCACGCCGUUCUGGCUCUGUACUUUCUGGUGCUUCACUGUGAGCAGAUUGUAUUAUUAUUAUUGUUAUUCUUUCUGCCACUGUCAAUAUUUCACGCCGCUCCAGGACGGGACCGUCUUGUCUUUUCUGGUUUUUGUGUGCCGACGCUGUCCUGCUUCUCAGUGGGCCACAGCUUUUUAUACUCUGCUGCCACGCUCUGCUACUCGCAUCAGACGCCUCUGCCACCAUGUGCUGACAGCAACCACAGACCAUGCUAGCAAAUUAUAGGAGCACUUAGAAGAGUGGCCACUUUUUAGGGGCUAUAAUCAACUUUAACCUGUCAUAUUUACAUUUUAAGAAGUGCGAUUUUCUUAGCCCAUGAGACCGCAGACAGAUUACUCACUGUAGGGAAAAGCUGCACUUAAAAAGCUCGGCUUGUUUGGAGAAAUCAAUCAAAGGAUGUGAUUUGCUUGUGCUCUGUGGAGAUAUUUCCUGUGUUGCCACGUGUGCAAAUGUAGAAAAAAAAAAAAAAUCUCACAACGCCUGAAAACUUGUCUUAUGUAAAUAAACCUCGACAGUUAAAAGUAA